CGUUACGGCUGUGAUGGUCAUUUGUCAUCUCUCUGAUGUCCAUUGUGUCUCUUCUCUAGUAGAAACAGUAGUAAGAGUAACAGUACUAGCACACUCUUAGUAGUAGUAGUAAUCAUAGUUGUAAUAGUUGUAGCACAGCAGUAAAGCAGAAGAUGAAGUAUUUGAUGUAGAUGAGCAGCAGUGGCUGUCACAUUUCCCUGCAUAUGGCGCUCUGUGCUGGACAAACAGCUGGCAUUUACCUGGGUGUCAUCCUUCCUCAGGAGGAGGCUCCCUCCCGGCGCUCUGUGGCCGAACUUGCAGGAAGGUUCAGCGGCGCGGCUCCUGUGCACGACGCUGCUGGGAAGGAAACGGAUAAGCCAGUCAGACGACGACCUCCUCGCUCCUUACACAUCCCCAAACCACAUGAAGACCAGCAGGAGCCUCCAGGUGUCACCUCUCCUCAACCUACCAAAGCCAAGAGGAACUCUGCUCUGAUUGAGAAGCUGCAGGCCAACCUCGCUCUCUCUCCAUCCACCUUGCUACCCUCUCCAAAGAGCCCUGGUAUCAGGGUGCUGUCUCCCACAUUCACCUUGCCUUCCUCCACCUCUGCCCCAUCCCCAGCAACCCCCACCACCCCACUAACUGAAGAGGAAGGCCCCGCCACCUUCGAAGCCCCUCUGUCUGCGGUGGAGGGGUCCAUCCUGCAGAGCGUCAACAAGAGCCGACCUCGUCACUCUGUCCGGCGACGCCCUCCGUCCCGCCGUCACAGGAAGUCCAGCAGUGGAGACGAAGUCGGCGUUACCAAUGGCGUAGCAAACACAACUCAAGAUGAGACAACAACAGGAGAAGAAAGAGGCGAGGAGGAGGGACGAGGAGGAGGAGAAGGAGAGGUUUUCAAGAAAGAAGGUGAAACAGAUGAGGUGGUGGAGGACAAGACAGACACUUCAAUGUGUCCUGAGAAAACUGAAGAAGGUCAGAAAAGGACUGAGCCCAAAGAAGAUUAUGAGGAGGAGGAGGAGGGCAAGAACAGAUCCAUGGGAGGAGAGGGGGGAUCUUCAUCAGGAAGGAAGGAGGAGGAAGAUCAGGAGAAGAAUCAGAAUGAGGUUUCAACUGAAGUAGUGACAAACACAGACAGCAAAGAAGAAAAGAGUGAGGAGACGCCGAGCCAGAGCUCAGCCCAAUGAGGUCUCAGGUGUUCAGUCGAGUCGGGGCAGCUGUGACGAGGCCCUGGUACUGGGAGGGAGACUCUGCAGCAUUGAGGCCUGAUGGGAAAGCUCUGAGUCUGGACACUGGAACAUGAAGGAAACUGCCACCGCAGUUUUUUCCUCCCUGAUGUGUUGAGGAUGAACUGAGGAGACUGUCUCAGGACCUUUGUCUUGUAAACAAUCACUGCUAUAGUUCUGAAGUGAUUUAAGCACAAAGCUGAACACGACUGAUGUGAAUGUGUUUUUAUUAAUCCUCAACUCGAAGUCUUUUUACACUGGAUUUGUUCCUUUUUGUAAGAAUAAUAUGUGAUGAUGCUACUAUGUUUUCUUGCUGUUCGGUGGCUUCGGCGCGGAUGACGACGAUGGUGUACGAUUGUUGGUGUCCAGAUGUGUUAAAGUGCCAAGGCUUUUUAGAGUUGUACAACCAAAUGUAAAAUGCCAAAUAAAGAUAUGUGCUCGUCUUUUA